GACCAUACGAACGCCACACAGACCGAGCACGCACGUCGCAGCACGGCACAGGCAGCCGAGCACGUGUCGCGCGCGCGCGCAUGGCGGCUCCGGUGGCCUCCGCCUCCGCCUCCUGCUUCGCGCCGCGCAGCGACCAUGGCGGCGGCUGGUCCUACGGCGGGACGAGAGGGGUGCCGUCGCCGCGGCGUGGCGCGGCGAGGCGGCUUCGGCGCGUCCUGGCGCGAAGCGGCGGCGGCGGAGGAGGAGGAGGAGGAGGAGAGGGGAGGGGGAUACUGGACCCGCUCGCUACGCCUUUGCAGAUUCUGGGACUCGACGCCUCGGCCUCCUACACCGCCGCGCAGCUCAAGGCGGCCUUCCGCGCCCGGGUAAAGGAAUUCCAUCCAGAUGUUUGCAAGGACACAGAGAAUGCAGAUCUAAUAAUGAGAAGAGUUCUUGAGGCCUAUGAGAUAUUAUCUGGUAACCAAGGAAUGAUGAUCGAAAGGAAUAAUGUUGAUCCAUUUGAUGAACCUGAGUGCGCAUCUUGUGACAUAUUUGUGAAUGAACUUCUAUGCAUUGGCACUGGAUGCCCGUAUUCUUGUGUUAAAAGGGCACCUCACGCGUUUGCAUUUGCCGAUGACACUGGUACAGCACAUGCAUCAUCUCAAGGUCACUAUGAUGACUACAAUGUCCAACUUGCUGUUGGGCAGUGUCCAAGAAAGUGCAUAUACUAUGUCACGCCCUGCCAACGUACUAUUUUGGAGGAAAUUCUUGCAAGUGUGUUGAUGACUCCAUACGACCUCUCUGAAGCAGCAGUUCUGGAUUCUCUCUUAUCAAAAGCAAUGUUUGAGAAUAACAGGUACAAGAAGCCGAAAAGAGAAACAAAAUCGUCUUCUGAUUAUGUUGACUGGAUGUGAUCCACUCUAUAGCACAGUUAGAGGGUUUAAGAUGUAUUAUGUAAAUAUUAUUGUAGGGCAAACCGUGAGUGGUAGUUGUUUGCUUCAACUAUUAAGGGCUUGUUUGGAUAGGUGGAAUAACAUCAACCCCUUCAGAAUGGGAUCGAAAUUGACUAAAUGCCUGCCAAUCCGAAGGGAACCAAACAAACCAUUAAAUUUUGCCCCUACCAAAA